AUGGUUUUGGGCACGUCAACCCCCUCAAAGGUCACACCUUACUUGAUCUAUCUCGUGUUUAUUGUCACGCUCGGGCCGCUUCAAUUUGGCUAUCACCUGGCAGAGCUCAAUGCCCCACAAAGUAUCAUAACAUGUGAACGUCAAGGCAUUCAUUCCUCGACCAGCGCAUUUCACGGUCUACCGCAAUGCCUCCCUAUGACCCCAUCCCAAUUCGGACUCGUCUCUUCGAUCUAUACGCUCGGUGGUCUACUUGGAGCCCUGCUGGCAGGACCCAUCGCGACUAAAUAUGGACGUCUACUUGCACUACGAGCGACUACGGUACUCUUUAUACUGGGACCUAUGGCGGAGACACUUGCCCCGGCGAUUCCUGUCCUAAUUCUUGGUAGAUUUCUCUCUGGGAUUGGAUCAGGUGCUGCAAUCGUAGUUGGUCCUAUCUACAUUUCGGAAAUCGCCCCUCCAAGUGCUCGAGGCUUGUUCGGUGCUUUCACCCAGGUCAUGACCAACGUCGGUAUUCUCUUGACACAAACCCUGGGGUACUUUUGGAGCCAACCUAGUCUUUGGAGGUUGAUUCUGGCUGUGGCUGGAUUUGUUGGCGCUCUGGAGCUUAUGGGACUAUUUCUGGUACCAGAGAGUCCCUCGUGGCUUGCCGAACACCAUAAGACCAGCCAGGCUCGUCGCGUCCUGCAGCGGAUCCGCGGGCGGGAUGCCGACAUUGAAGCGGAAAUCGCGGGCUGGAGAUCUUCGGAUGCCCCUGCAUCUGGUGAGGAGGAAUCCUUGCUCGCUUCACAGCCAGGUGAGGGAUCACCUAAGAUACCUGAAGCCACAUUUAUGCAGGUUGUCAAAGAUCCCUACUAUCGCCCGGCCAUCAUUGCUGUGGUAGGGGUGAUGGUCGCCCAGCAACUCGCCGGGAUGAACAGCAUUGUCAUGUACAGUGUGUCCCUAUUACAGAGUAUUUUACCAACGACUGCUGCGCUGCUCACAGUGAUGAUAUCUGCAAUCAAUCUCGUGAUCACGCUGGCAUGCUCUCCAUUGCCCGAUCGCAUUGGCCGGAAAUCGUGUCUGAUGCUGAGCAUUUGCGGUAUGGGCUGCAGUUCAAUCCUUCUCGCCAUAAGCAUAUACUUGAAUGCGAAGAUCUUAACGGCGAUCGCUGCUUUGCUCUUUGUGGCCUGUUUUGCAGUCGGUCUGGGCCCCGUACCCUUUAUACUGGCCUCCGAGCUUGUCGGACCCGAAGCUGUGGGCGCAGCACAAAGUUGGGCUUUGGGUGCAAAUUGGAUUGCAACAUUUGUGGUCGCUCAAUUCUUCCCGAUACUCAACGAUGCCCUAGGUGGCCGUGGGAAGGUCUACUGGGUGUUCGCCGCAAUGGCAGGACUUUUCGGCGUCUUCAUCUACCGACAUGUGCCAGAAACCAAAGGCAAAGCCAAUGCCGACGAGGUUUGGGGGCGAACAGAUCGACGACAAGACUAA